GGUCAUCAUGGGCUAGGAUAUCGAAGCCGGACAGAUCGUACAUUUUGUUAACGAUUAUAGGAAUUUGAAAGCCUAAUUUCUUGAUCAUGUUAAGGAGAAGUGCACCUUUUGCUGGGGGAAGAAAUGCAGUUGUAAGCUGGAGUUUUUUGAGACGAUGUAUCGGAGCUGGCUCCACACACGACCUUCACUCAAGAUCAAUGAACACAGCAAGAAGCUAUGACAUUGCUAUCGUUGGAGGGGGAAUCAUUGGAUUGGCAACAGCACAACGUCUUAUAACAUUGUAUCCAAACCUUACAUUUUGUGUUUUAGAGAAGGAAAAACAGUUAUCAACCCAUCAGACUGGCCAUAACAGUGGAGUAGUGCAUUGUGGUAUAUAUUACAAGCCGGGAACGCUGAAAGCAAAACUGUGUGUAGAGGGUUUAGAUUUGACUUACAAAUACUGUGAUGAAAAUGGCAUACCCUACAAGAAAUGUGGAAAGCUAAUCGUUGCAGUAGAGGACAAAGAAAUCCCAUURUUGAAUAACCUUUUUGAUAGAGGAAAGAUGAAUGGUGUCAGGGACUUGACMAUGGUCGACAAGAAAGGCAUCAAAGAAAUUGAACCAAACUGUGAGGGUAUGUUUGCGAUAGUCUCUCCCAAUACAGGCAUUGUAGACUGGGCUCAAGUCAGUAAUUCUUAUGGAGAAAACUUUAAGAAAGCUGGAGGAGAUAUUUACACUAGUUACCAUGUCAAUGAUUUUAGCUGUGCCACAGAAAGCAGCAGAUCACAAAGCAAAGAAGAAGGUUUAACACAUCCAGUAACAAUCCAUGGCAAAGAUGUGCCAGCAAUCAACUGUCGUUACGUCAUCACGUGUGGUGGUCUGUACUCGGAUCGUUUGGCUGAGAAAUCAGGGUGUAGUAGAGUGCCRCGAAUCGUCCCUUUUCGUGGUGACUACCUCGUCCUAAAACCCGAYAAGUCAAACUUAGUGAACGGCAAUAUAUACCCUGUUCCCGAUCCCAACUUCCCAUUUCUAGGUGUUCACUUYACUCCUCGUAUGGAUGGUAGUGUAUGGCUAGGACCCAAUGCUGUCUUGGCGUUUGCUCGUGAGGGGUACAAGUUAUGGAAUGUUAACUUACGAGAUCUUGGUGAUGCGCUUGCCUUUAGAGGGCUACGUAAACURAUGUACAAGUACUUCACGUUUGGCGUAGGAGAAUACUACCGUGGGAUUUACAUAGCUGCACAAGUGAAGCAAUUACAGAAAUAUGUACCUAAACUCACAGCUAACGAUGUUAUAAGGGGUCCUUCGGGUGUUCGUGCCCAGGCUCUAGACGUGGAUGGUAAUCUUGUGGAUGAUUUUGUAUUUGAUGGUGGAGUGGGUGAUCUUGGUAGUCGUAUGUUGCACGUCAGAAAUGCACCMUCGCCUGCUGCUACGUCAUCACUUGCUAUCGCGAAGAUGGUGGCAGAAGAAGCGACACAAAGAUUUCACUUGUGAAAUUAUAAAAAGAAACUGUUUUUAUAGUUGGACAUAGAUAUAAAGUAGUAGUUGGACAUAGAUAUAAAGUGGUAGUUGGACAUAGAUAUUAUGUAGAGUCAUGUAUUUCACUUACACAUAAACGCGCAGAUUUCGAACUGACCACACGUAUCCGGAUUGAAAAUUGAAAAAAAUUAUCCGCCGAAGACAAAUUAAUUAUCUUAAAACAGUUUCCUUCGGAACUAGCUUCAGAAUGUUUCUAAUUAUACUCAACUAUCACAAUAUAACCUUUGAAUUGAGGUGAAACAAGAAUUAAAUUAUGAAUCUUAGGAGCCGAAAUACUCGAUGAUGCACGUAAAUUGACCAACUGUAUUAGGUAUGAAAUAGAAUCAAUAAAAAAAACAUCUAUAACGUGUAAAAA